CCGAUCGACCUGCCACCCAUCCGCCAUCCGGAGCUAGCAAAACACAGCAGCGAUCCUUGAAUUUCUCCGCUGUUUCGCCCAGGUAUCUGUCUAGCUAUAUAGCUUGCGAGUGUCCGCCGGUCGAUCUCGGCAGCAUGAACAACCAGGCUCAGCCCGUCCGCACCGGCGACGUCUACCCACCGACGGCGGCCGCCAAGCGAGAGGCGAGCCACGAGCGGGACAAGAUCACUCGAGAAGGCCAGCAGCGCGGCGGCGACCUGCAUGUCGAGGAGACAACUCUUCCCGCCGGCAGACGCAUGGUCACCGCCAGCGCCGGCGGCCAGGUGAUGGCACAGUUCGCCGUGCCGGUGCCGGGCCGGACGGUGGCGGGGGCGACGGACGCGGUGACCAUCGCCGAGGCCAUCGACGCGGCGGCGCAGACGACGCCGGCGGGCGACAAGCCGGUGGACCUCGCGGACGCGGCGGCGGCGCAGGCCGCGGAGAUGCGCGCGACGGGGCUGCCCGGCAACGUCCGCGGCGGCGUGGCGGCCCGCGCGCAGCAGGCCCGGGAGACGAACGCGAGGCACGCAUCAGCGGCGGAGGCCGACGGCGGCGGCGGCGAGAACCAGCUGGUGACGCUCAGGGACGUGGUGAUCGGCGCGGGCGCGGCGCCGAUGCCCGCCGACAAGGUGGCCACGAGGGAGGACGCCCGGAUGGUGGCGGCUGCCGCGGCGCGCCACGUGGGGAAGGGGGACGGCGGUGGCGGUGCCAUCGCCGAUGCUGUCGCAGCGGCGGCGGAUAUGAACGAGGGGAGGAUGAUGUAACAAAGUGUAGUAGUGGACCUCUGUAAUAUUAUUGUGAUGCUGGCGCCGCUGGCAGCUAUAGUAGUCUAGUUACGUACUUGUAUCCUAGGCCUUGUUUAGUUCCAAAAUAUUUUGCAAAAUCGACACUGUAGCUUUUUCGUU